UCGGUUGUGACUAGGAAGGCACUAGCAGAUUGGAGCCUGGGUCUGGGGGUUUGCUAGAAGCUGGACUUCAGCUGGGGCUAGAGUUUCCCCGCGGUGACAGCAUCCGCGGCCUCUGGAGGACCAUGUCACUAGACUUUGGCAGUGUGGCACUGCAGACACAAAACGAAGAUGAAGAGUACGACAACGAAGAUUAUGAAAGGGAGAAAGAGUUGCAGCAGUUACUCACAGACCUGCCCCAUGAUAUGCUGGAUGACGACCUGUCCUCCCCCGAGCUCCACUCCUCGGACUGCAGUGAGGACGACACAGAGAGACGACCUCAUCGUUCUGAGCAAUUGGAGGUGAACUGGAAUGACCAUCAGGUGCUGCCUAGAUCUAAAAGUGCAAACGACUAUAAUGAGAUUCGGGAUACAUAUAUGGGAGAGAAAAUCGGCAAUGGCUGGGAAGAGAAUCCAAGUAAGAGUGAAGAGCAGCAUCCUGGGUACCAUCCCGAAGAAGGUGGAGAUGAAGGCGGAAGGGGUUACAGUCCUCCGAGUAAAUAUGAGCAGACUGAUUUAUAUCACCUUCCUGAAGACUUUAGGCCAUUUACCAAUGGUCAGAAGCAGGAAUUUAAUAAUCAGCCAGCCAAUGUAAUUAAAUUUUCAGAUCCUCAAAGGAAUCAUUUUCAGCAAUUCGGUGCGUCACAAGCUCCCAGUUGUCAAGUGUUGGAACCGUAUACAGUGGUAUAUAAACCUUACCAGCCUCCUGCUCAGCACGGUGACUCACCAGCCCAGGAGAUAGCAGGAGGUGACACAUUUGAAGGCCUGCAACAACAAUUCUUAGGAGCUAAUGAAAGUUCUCCAGAAAAUAUGCAGAUCAUUCAACUUCAGGUUCUUAACAAAGCAAAAGAGAGGCAACUGGACAAUUUAGUUGAAAAGUUAAAUGAAAGUGAGCGUCAGAUCAGGUAUCUGAAUCACCAGCUUCUGAUAAUCCAAGAUGAAAAGGAUGGUUUGGCCCUCAGCCUUCGAGAAUCACAGAAACUCUUUCAGAAUGGAAAAGAAAGAGAGAUACAGCUUGAAGCACAAAUCAAAGCGCUGGAGACCCAAAUACAAGCAUUAAAAGUCAAGGAAGAACAGAUGAUUAAGAAGUCCAGGACGACGGAAAUGGCCCUGGAAAGCCUGAAGCAGCAGCUGCUGGACCUGCAUCACUCCGAGUCCCUGCAGCGCACCCGGGAGCAGCACGAGACCGUCGUGGCGGGCCUCACCAACAAGUAUGAGGAGCAAGUGCUGUCCUUACAAAACAAGUUGGAUGCUACGGUGGCUGCCCUUAAGGAACAGGAAGACAUUUGCUGUCAUUUGAAAGACAAGGUGAAACAACUGGAAAGGAAUCAAGAAGCAACCAAAUUAGAAAAGACGGAGAUGAUUAACAGAUUGUCCAGAAGUCUAGAGGAGAGUCAAAAGCAGUGUGCCAACUUGCUGCACUCAGGCUCAGUCCAGGAGGUGGCUCAGCUCCGGCUCCAGCUGCAGCAAGCGCAGAAGGCACAUGCUAUGAGUGAAAGCAUGAACAGGGCUUUGCAGGAAGAAUUGACAGAACUAAAAGAUGAAAUUUCUCUCUAUGAAUCUGCUGCAAGACUAGGUAUACUUCCAAGUGACUCAGAAGGAGAAUUAAACGCAGAACUCAUGGAAUCAUACAUGGAUUUGGGUAUUAAAAAAGCCAACUGGAAGAAAUCCGAAGUUAAGAGCAUGGUCCAGCAGGAAGACCCAGAUAAGGAGCUUUCCAAUGAUGAGGUGAUCCUGAGGCUGAAAGCACAAGUGCAGCGUUUGCUGGGCAGCAACUCCGUGAAGCGCCACCUGGUGUCUCAGCUGCAGAGUGACCUCAAAGGCUGUCGGAAGAAAAUCGAAGACCUACAGCAAGGGGAGAGGGAUGUAGAAAGCAUCGCGGUCCAGACUAAAACAGAUGCCUCUUCUACUUCUGAAUUGAUUGUCAAAGAUGAUAUGCUGCGACUUGAAAACGAAAUUCAAGUUUUGCAACAACAAAAUCAGGCACUAAAAGAAAUGGAAGAAAAACUGAGAAAUACAAAUCAGGAGUUAUGCAAUCAAAUGAGACAAAUGGUACAAGAUUUUGACCGUGAUAAACAAGAAACUAUUGAUAGGUGUGAGAGGACUUACCAGCAGCACCAUGAAGCCGUGAAAGCCCAGAUUCGCGAGAGCCUGUUAGCGAAGCAUGCUGUGGAGAAGCAGCAGCUCUUUGAGGUCUAUGAGGGGACUCGCUUGCAACUUAGGUCUGAACUGGAUAAGAUGAAUAAGGAGAUGGCCGCUGUGCAGGAGUGUUACCUGGAAGUGUGCAGAGAGAAGGAUAACCUAGAAUCAACUCUCAGGAAGACCAUCGAAAAGGAGCAGCAGAUGCAGGAGAAGAUGAAAGAAGAACUUUUUCAACAGAUUGAAAAGGAGUGGCAGGCUAAGCUGGCUCAAACUGCAAAGGCAAUGAAAAAGACAACCUCUGACUGUUACAGCCAGACGGACCAGGUAGCCGCCAAAGAUGCUGUUUCCCAGAAAGAGAUGGCAAUGGUGGCAGAAGGACAGGAGCAGGGGGCCCAGCAGGAUCUAGAGCAGGAAAAGGAAAGAGCUAUCAAGGCAGCCUUGAAGAAACUCGAGGUUGAAUUGGAACUCAAAUAUUGUGAAAACAUUGCCAAACAGGUAGAAACAGCUGUGCAGAAUGCUCGCCAUCGAUGGCUGGAAGAACUGCCUGAGCUUGCAGAGUAUAAAGCACGUGUCAGAGCGGAACAGAAGAGGUGGGAAGAACAGCAAGAGGUCUUUAUGGCCAAACGGAUAUCGUUUGCUGUUUCUGAAGCUAAAGAGAAAUGGAAAAGUGAGCUUGAAAAUAUGAAGAAAAAUGUACCGUCUGGAAAAAUGCAACACCUGGAAAAAUUGGAGGAGAAGAUUCAUUCUCUUCAGAGAGAGCUGGAACUGAAGGACGAGGAAGUCCCUGUGGUUAUCAGGGCCGAGCUGGCAAAGGCCCGGAGUGAAUGGAACAAAGAAAAGCAAGAAGAAAUCCACAGAAUUCAAGAACAAAAUGAGCAAGACUACAGACAGUUUUUAGAUGAUCAUCGAAAUAAAAUUAAUGAGGUGCUUGCAGCAGCAAAAGAAGACUUUCUGAAACAGAAAGCUGAACUGCUCCUCCAGAAGGAGACAGAAUUGCAAACCUGUCUAGACCAGAGUCGGAGGGAGUGGACUGUGCAGGAAGCCAGGCGGGUCCAACUGGAGAUCUGUCAGUACGAGGAGGACAUUCUGACUGUCCUGGAACUUCUCCUAAAGGGUACCCCGAAGGAGCAAGCCCCUGGUUCAGAGACCAGGCAACUCUCAGAACUCAUGUCGACGUGUUCUUCAAAGUGGGCGUCUGUGCGAUAUUUUGAAAAACUAAAGGCCUGCAUUCAGAACGCACUUCAAGAUCUACUCUCCCUACUUACGGAAAACACCAACUCAGAAUGGGAAAAGAGAAACAUGGGUGUCACUGGCCGAGGAGACCCUGGAACCCUGGUCGUCCUUCCUACACCCACGUCCGGACACCAUGCUCAGACCUCGGCCUCAAAACAAACAGAAGCAGAAGCUGAAGAGAAUAGUAAAGUUGUUGAAGAAUUAAUAGAAGAAAACAAUGACAUGAAGAGUAAAUUGGAAGAACUGAGAACACUUUGUAACUUACCACCAAGGUCAUUGUCAGAAGGGGCCAUUGAACAUGCUUGCCUGCCGUGCAGUCAGGGGGCCUUGGAAGAGCUUCGUGAGCAGUACAUUAAAGCAGUGAAAAAAAUCAAGCGUGACAUGCUGCGGUACAUUCGGGAGAGUAAGGAGAGAGCUGCGGAAAUGGUCAAGGCAGAGGUGUUGCGAGAACGUCAAGAAACCAUCCGUAAGAUGCGCACGUACUACUUGACCUGCCUCCAACAGAUCUUGCAGGAUAAUGGGAAACAGGAGGGAGCUGAGAAAAAGAUUAUGAAUGCUGCUAGCAAACUUGCUACAAUGGCAAAGCUGCUGGAAACACCUAUUGCAAACAGAUCCCAGAGCAAAACCACAGCGUCAGUACUGCCCCUGACUUCAGAGAUAAUUGGUGUUGAAAAAUCAAAAAGUAAUGACGUGGACCAGACUCUACCGGGUCACACUGAAAGCAAAUCAAACAGUAUGAAAACUCUCCCCCAAAAUACGUGCGACCAGGUUCCCAAGAGGCGGGCUGCUUGCGACCUUCGGAGGCGGCUGGAGGCGGCGGAGCUUGGGGGGACAAAGCACGUGAGUCCCAAAGGGUCGCGUGCAGACUUUCAGGGCGGGGACUGCAGUCACAAACAUCUGCACGCGUCGCCAGGGGCUGCCUCUCCCGAGUUUGUCCCUUGGGAAGGCGAAGGGGGCUAUGGUUUGCACAGGAAGGAAGACCUCCUCGGUGACGCCGGCUCGGGCUCGUGUCUGCAGGCAGCCGAAUACCCCUUCCUCGGACCCUUUGGAAGCAAGUCCUCGCCGAGAAAUGGCCCCGCUCUUUCCGAAUCGGGAUCCGCACACAUAACUUGUCGGAGUCCUAAUGAAAGACUCGGCUUCACAGUCAAUAAGUGUGUUCCACUCACUGAAAGGGAAUCGGACAAAAGUGAGGGUCUGGGUGUCGAGGACGCUCCGGUCAAGGACGGCGGGGACCCCGGCGCCUCGCUGGGCUGGCCUUCCAGCAGCGCCACCUUGUCCUGCGGCAGCCCCGAGGCGUCCUUUCUCCGCGCAGGGCCGCUCGACACCCUGGAGGCGCUCGCCGGGGCUGGUCAUUUCAAACAGUUCUUAGCAGCCGGUUGCCUUUCAGAGAAAGAGAAAAAUCAUAAGAAUUCUCCACCGAUGCAGUGUCAGACUGGUCGCACUCCAGACCUGUCUGAAGAAGCCAUGUAUGCCCAGCUGGGAAAGACCAGCAGGACCCCUGGACACCCAGCUCGUCCUAAGGCGGAUCUCUUGGCGGCAGAUUUCAAACAGCUGAGCCGCGCAGAGCCGUCUUCAGCGCAUCGGCAACCUUCGAGAAGGCCGAUGGUGUCUCUGUCCAGCCAGCAGGACAGCGGCUUCGACAGCCCCUUUGUCAAUCUUGACUAAUCGUUGUACAGUAUUUAAGAAGAAUAUAUUGGCAAGAAAACUGGAAGGGAAGACUUCAUACUGAAAAAUGUUUUGAGAUGUUUUAAUAACAUCUAUGAGUAAAGUAUUCCCAUAAAACUACUUGAGAUAUUCAUGUCGCCUUAAUCUCCCAAAGGCCUGAUAGUGUCUGUGUAAUCUGUUUCCGUGUGGUGUUUAUAUUUGGUUGCUAAACCAUCUUUUUUUAUACUUACAAAUUAGCUCUCUGUGCACUGUUAAAUUAUUUAAAUAAACUUGCA